GAGUCGGAGUGAUUUUGUAGUCGGACAAUUUACUGAACGGAAGACAAUGCAGUUUAAAAAAAAAAAAAUAGAAAUGUGAUGUACAGAUUGGGUUCGCGUUCUUCAAGUAUGCUUUAAUUGUAAAAGGCUAAGUGUAAUUUGUCGCCAUGUCGUUAGGUUUUAGUAGUGACUUUUCGAGCGGUUUUAUUUAGUUAAAUCGAUGCUAUGGAAGAUUGGAUCACGUCUGUAGCUCGCUUUAAAUGAAACCGGACUGUAUAACAGCGUUGAUGUACCCUGUUUCUAACCCCUUCUAAUUUCCUUAAAUACAGAGGAUGCCUAAUGCCAGUGCAAAGCCAAAGCACAGCCGGACUAGGAGGAGGCGAUGCAGAGAGGACCCGGCCAGAAAUGAACUGGUCUCAAGUUCACUAGAAAGUGCACAGCAGUGCCUGUUUAACCAGGAUUAUGGCACCGCAUAUGCACACUACCUUUUGGUCCUUCACCUGGCACCUAUGUUUAAAGACUUUGCCAAGGAGUCCUUCAGAUUCACUCUCUUCAAAUGGGCAGAGGAGCUGGAUUCCGUGGGUCGAAUCCGGGAACUUUUUGACUGUUAUGAGCAGGCACUGGAACUUUUCCCAUCUGAUGAGGUCAUUCUGAACAGCAUGGGUGAACACUUAUUCAGGAUGGGAUUUCGUGAUGAAGCUGCAGGUCACUUCCACAAAGCCUUGAAGCUGCGACCGGACUACUCAGAAGCCAGGGAGAACUUCUACUCCGUAGCCAAUUGGUUGGUGGAACGCUGGCAUUUUCUAAUGCUAAAUGAUCACGGCAGGAACCAGAAGUACCAGCAAGCCAUUCAGAAGGCUGUUCACAGUGGCUGCAACACUGUACUUGACAUAGGUACUGGCACUGGCAUCCUUGGCAUGUGUGCUAAGAAGGCAGGGGCUGCUGAGGUUUAUGCCUGUGAGUUGUCGAAAACCAUGUACGAGCUGGCCUGUGACGUUGUGACUGCAAAUGGAAUGGGUGGCAGCAUCAAGAUCCUCCAUAUGAAGUCGCUGGACAUGGAAGUUCCCAGGGACAUUCCACAAAAGGUAUCCCUGGUGGUGACAGAGACGGUAGAUGCAGGAUUGUUUGGAGAGGGCAUCAUCGAAAGUCUCAUUCACGCCUGGCGCCACCUCCUGCUGCCUCCGCAGACAGGUGAGAAUGAACUGAUGGCCCAGUCUGUAACAGGACGUGUCAUCCCUGCUGGAGCCACUGUGUUUGGAAUGGCCGUUGAGUCUGCAGAGAUCCGUCGGCAUCACAGGUUGUGUGUGUCAAAAGUGGGAGGUCUGUCUAUGGCCACGGCUGGUGAGCUUCGUAGUCCGGUGAGCUGCAGCGCACAGCCCGACGACUCCAUGGAACCGUACACCACCGAGAGACUCAGCAGAAUCCCUGGAGGAUAUAAAUCUCUCACAGAGCCCUUCACUGCUCUCCAAAUAGAUUUUAAUAAUGUUCAGGAACUGGAGGGUCUGAGCUCCAGGGAGGUCCAGCAGGUCUGUCUGCCUGUGGUUCAACAAGGGGAGCUGGACGCUCUGGCUGUCUGGUUCCAGCUCCACCUGGAUGAGCAGAGCAGUCUGUCCACUGGACCCCAGGAGGACACCUGCUGGGAGCAGGCCAUCUACCCUGUCCACAGUGCCCAGGCUUUUCUACUGAAGCCUGGCGAUAUGCUGAUCGUUGAGAUCACGUGUGGAGACGCCUACCUGAGGCUCUGCAGUGUCGCUGUGCUGAGAGACGGCCGAGAAAUCCGUCUGGACAGGCAGCACGACCCGGGUCAUUCAGGAAAACCGGUUUCGGUCCCAAACCCUGAGGCUGAACUGUGCAGCGCGUUGGCAUGUCUGCAGACUGACCAGAAUCAAACUAAACACUUCUGCGUUCUGGAGUGUUCAGAGAUGGCUCUACUGAACAACUGGGAUUACCAUCAGAAAUUUAACAUUGCGUUAGGAAAACUCAUCUCCCAGCUGAAGGUGACGGGAAGAGACGCUAAGCAGGAAUCCAGCGUUGGGUCAAACCUCGGUGACCGUGCUAACUCCUCAGACUGUAGAGACCUAAUGUACGUGCUCGACGUGUCCGAGGGCUUCUCUCUGCUCUCGCUUAUCGCUGCCAGUCACGGUCACGUGAAGGCCUUCAGCUCUGUGGAAAAGCACAAGCAGCAGGAAGUUCUGAAGAGACUGGCUCGGUCCAGUAACAUCUCAGAAAAUCAUCUGGAGUUCUGGCUCAACCACAUGGAGGACGAGCAGGGCAUGCUGAAGAGGCCUUCAGGGGAGAAACUCUGGAGCGCCAUCAUGCUGGACUGUGUCGAGACCAGUGGUCUGAUCAGGCAGAAGCUGAUGGAGAAAGCCUCACUGGCCAGGUGUCUCCUGGAGGAGGGAGGACGCAUUUUCCCAGAGCGCAUUGUGGUGCAUGGAAUGCUGGUGGAGUCGGACACACUACUGCUGGAAAGCGCCGUCCAGGGUCCGGAGCCGACGCUGGGCUUUAAUAUCGCUCCGUUCAUCAACCAGUUCACUGUUCCAGUCCACGUGUUUCUGGACUUUUCCACACUGCAGUGUCGACAUCUGAGCGAGUCUGUGGAGCUCUUUGUAUUAAACCUCAUGGAUGUCACUGCAAACUACAGCAACAGAGAGAUCAAGGUCCAGACCACAGCUGCAGGCAGAAUAACUGCCAUUCCCUUCUGGUACCACAUCUACCUGGACCAGGAGAUCAGCGUCAGCACCUUCAGCCAGAACUCCCACUGGAGGCAGGCAGCUGCUGUGCUGCAGCAGCCCCUCAAAGUCCUGGCUGGAGACUGGAUCCUUCUCUCUGUGAAGCUCCAAAAAAGCACCAUCUCCAUAUCAGCACAAGUUCUUACUUCCCCCGAUCCUAACACAUAAUACCUAGAUAAUAAUAAUAAUAAUUUAAAAACCUGUUUUCACUAUAAAGCUGGUUCAUCACCGUCAGAGAAUGAUUUUAACCGUUAACCAUGUCUAAGUUUGGACAACGAAUGUGACGUUUCUUUAAUAAAAGUGAGAAACAGAGCGA